CUCCACAAAACACCAAAUACAUUGGUGCCUUGCGUUACAUUAUAAGUUAAGGAUAAAACCUAAACUUGCAAGCCACCUAGUCGUCUGAAUGUAUGGUUUUUCUUUUGUAUUAUUCAUUAAUGGGACAACAGCACUGUCCCACACAUUAUGAGAAGGUAUCACGUUCGUCUUAUGCUGUGUGCGUCUCUCACAUUUGUUUGCAUUGUCUGCAUUUGCAUUCAUUCUUGUUAAUAUUGUGUGGAUAUGAUAACCUGACAGAGAGUAACUCGGUUUUUCUUUGGUAUACUUUGUGAGGAAUUUUUCUUAUGGUAGUCUUUGGAACUGUGCCAGGUACUCCCUCCGUGGAAGAGAAGAAACUGUAGCAGUAACAGUGCUACACCAACAGCUACACAGAACCACGCAGGAGGUCUGGAACUGUGGAGUAUUUGGAAACUGAGCCAGGAUUACUGGGAAACCUAGGAAAAGUAAUGGACAUUGAUCAUGAAAUCUGAACCACGCAGG